UAACGUUAGUUAUGUGUAUGUCCGUGCUAGCCAAGAUCUCGGACAUUACGCAAAGAUGAUCAAAUGCAUCUUUUUCAGCGAAUUUCAUCCUACAGCAGGUCCUAAAAUAACUUGCCAGACACCGGAUGACUUCUUGUCAAAAGAGGCUUUUGAUGCCAUCCAGAAUUUCAUCAUAACUAAACCUGAAUUACAGGGUAGACUCAUCACUGUAAAUGCUUUUGGACUGAAGUUUGUUGGAUGCCCAGUGUGCAUUGAUAACCCUAAAUACAAGAGGAAUGCCCUUAUCUUCAACUUGAACUUUGUCUUCUCAGAAAGUACAAAUACUGCUAGCUAUGGGGCAGUCGUGAAGAAGCUAGCUGGCUAUAUGAUCCAGCUAGAGAUGGAAAAUGGGUUCCUAUCAAAUGAAGACAAAGUUUCUCCUAUUUUGGAAUUCCUAGAGCAAGUACGUCAUGACCUGAACAGUAAUGGAGUUUGCAACAUAGCUAUGGGUGAGUCUUGCACAGUUCAUUUGAAAGUAAUGCCUCAGACAGGGGAAAAGAUGGUGGUUCAGGACCAUGAUGUACCCAUCCUGACAGUACCUCGUCAUUCCAUCAUAAUGAAUCCUUGGGACCUCACCACACAGCAGAUUUUGCGUCAUGUUGACGGAACCUCACACGUCACAAGGAUUGCUGCUGAGGCAGAUGUGGACAUCAAUUUAGUGAAGGCCUGCUUGCAGAAUCUGCUAUAUUUCAAGGCAGUGAAGAUGCUGUGUGUUUUUCAGUAUUCCAAUGUGUAUACAUGCACACCAGAGAUACACAGACUGGUAGAGGAUAAGAACAUGCAAUUGGAAUGUUUGCAGUAUGUAGCUAGAAAUGAUCAUUCUCUUCCCAGUUUCCGAGAUGUGUUUAUGUUGUACUGCAGCCUUACUCCUGGAACUACUGUAAAGGACCUGUGCACACGCUUCAACCCACAUAAUCUGAAAGUGGAUGAAAAACAUCUUGUGCAGUUUGGUCUUCUCAAAGGGCUGAUUCGGCGCUUGCAGAAAUAUCCAGUCAAACUACCCAACGAAAUAGUAGCCCCAAGAUUACAGCCCAUUCUUAAGUGGCUUAAUGGGAGUCAUAGCUAUGAUGAAAUUUCCAGCAAAAGUGGUAUGAGUCAUUUGCAGUUGGAGGAACUGAUUGAGACAGACCCAAGCUGUGUGGUGUGCUUGAAAUAACAGUUGUAAUGGCAGCAACAUGAAAACUAUGAAAGAAUGCCUUCAUUUAUCAGACUGUGCAAGGCAUAUAUUAGUGAGGCAUUUUCAGCUGGGCCUUUGUGCCAUGACUGCUUGAUUUUCAACCUGCAUUUACUACAAAUUUACAUUCUACUCUUCCUUUGUUUUUGCCUCACUUUGUGUAUCGAUAAAAUAAAAAUUUUAGCUGUUACUAAUUAUUACCAAAGCUGUUAAAGAAUAAUUGUAUGUGACUAUUGUAUGGAUCUCAUAUUUCAGUGUGUGUGAAAGACUUGGAAAGAAUGAACACAGAUAUAGACAAAUGAUCAUUUUCUGUAUUGCACAUAAAAGGUCAUUAUUGUACAUAAUAGUUUGAAAAAGUGUUGACUUUAGAGCUUAAAUAUGCAUAAAUAUUGAAAGAUAAGAAAA